AUGGUUGUGGUCCAUCAGCUGCUUGCAGAGGACGAUGAAGACUUUCUUAUUAGCGGCGGAGACAGCGGAACCAUCAAAGUAUGGCAGCUACCGAACGACUCAGCUUUGACUCGGUGGGGUGUACAUACACCCCAGCAGGCAGCAGAAGAAAACAACAAAUUUAUCUCAGCAGCAAAGCAAACAGAUAUUAAUAUAAAUGCUGCUGUUUAUGAGCAGCAGCAGCAGCAGCAGCAGCAGCAGCAGCAGCAGCAUUUGGAUUGGGGUGCUGCUGCUCGCAGCCGCAGCACCAACCCUAUUCUGCUGCAGCGCUACAGCAGCAGCUCUGACGACGAAGACAGCCCAGUGCAGCAGCAGCAGCAGCAGCAGCAACAGCAGCAGCAGCAGCAGCAGCAGCAGCAGCAGCAGCAGCAGGAGCAACCGCCUUUACUCGUGCCGCAGGAAGACAGCAGCGAUGAAGAAUUAGAUGAUAUACGCAGUGCUCUAGCCUAA